ACAAAAAACAAAUGUGACAACGUUCAGCUCAGUCAGAGAGAAGAAGGCUUCGCAGUCAGCCAAUAACGUAUAAAUAUGGCCGCUCUUGCUCCAGUUCAAGUCUCUCCACUGAUCAGGUUUGGCCGCUACUCAGCCCUGUUGCUGGGUAUCAUGUGGGGUGGUCACCGUUUCAGGGUGAACAAGGCUAAUGAAGAUGCUUGGAGGGUAGAGGAAGCUGAACGGAAGGUAGUCAGAGACGCUCAAAAGGCUGAAGAAAAGCUGAGACUGAACCGAGAGGAGCUAUUGUACUUGGCCAACCAAGCUGGCGUAAAAGUACCCCCAAACUUUUAAAGCCAAUUGAAAUGUUCACUGCUGUACACAUGUUAGUCUGCUAAGGAACUCUUUUAGCAGUGUAAAAUUGUCAAGAAUCAAUAUAGGUACCAUCUCUUAA